AGUUUUUCUUUUUCAGUCCUUCAAUCCAUUCACUCUAUCCAGCAUGCACCUGUAUUUUUCUUUAUCUCCUUCUCCAGCAGUUGUCCAGCAAGGAUCCUCGAGCUUCUGACUGUCAAGCCAUCUUCCAAGACUGUCUUUCUGCAGCAGUUGUCCAGCGAGGAGUCCUUCCCAUCUGUCUCCCAUCCAGACUGUCUUUUUCAUUCAGAUUCCUUCUGUAGUCCAUCCAGCAAGGAACUUAAGAGUUUUUUCCCUGGUCAUCCACCCACCGUACACUCACCUGGACUGCCUCUCAGACUUCAGACCACCCUGCCCCAUCCAGCAGCCAAAAUUUCGGCCCCCGGCAGACCCACCCUGGCCGCCCAGCCGCUGCCGCGCCUCAGCCUGGGCAGGAAGACCCUGGUGGCGGCUGCUGUCGGGGUCAUGCUGGUCCUGGUGCUGGUGGUGCUCAUCCCAGUGCUGGUCAGCUCCGUAGGUGCUGAUGGCAGCAGCAGCGGCCACUAUGAGAUGCUGGGCACGUGCCGCAUGGUGUGCGACCCUUACCUGAGCAAAGGGGGCACCGCCGUCGCCACGGGAACUGCCAGCACCGGGUCGUCUUCCUCCGCUCAGGCCGAGGCCGAGGCGCUGGCGGCCGACCACAGUAGCACCAACCUGCUCCCACCCUCCACGCUCGUCCAGGGGCCGCAGGGAAAGCCGGGACGCCCGGGCAAACCGGGACCUCCGGGACCUCCAGGACCUCCCGGAGAGCCAGGCCCCCCGGGUCCGAUGGGGCCCCCGGGGGACCGAGGGGACCGGAGUCGGAGCGUCAUGGGGUCAGGAAGCAAUGGAGCUAUCAGUACGGUCACCUACAACACGCAGCCACGAGUGGCCUUUUAUGCCGGACUUAAAAACCCUCACGAGGGCUACGAGAUCCUCAAGUUCGACGACGUGGUCACCAACCUAGGCAACAACUAUGACGGCGUCUCUGGGAAGUUCAUUUGCAGCGUGCCGGGCACCUACUUCUUUAUCUAUCACGUCCUGAUGAGGGGUGGCGACGGCACCAGCAUGUGGGCCGAUUUGUGCAAGAAUGGGCAGGUGAGAGCAAGCGCUAUAGCCCAGGAUGCUGAUCAGAACUAUGACUAUGCCUCCAAUAGUGUGAUCCUUCACCUGGACGCUGGAGAUGAAGUCUACAUCAAACUGGACGGAGGCAAAGCCCACGGCGGCAACAACAACAAAUACAGCACUUUUUCUGGCUUCAUCCUAUACGCUGACUGAACUGCAGAGAGUAAACGAGAGAGGAAAGGGAGAAGAAGGAAAAGCAGAAAGGAAAGAGAUAAAAGGAACCUUGACCAUCCAAACGCUUUAUUUUCACAGGAUCUCUCCGUUGCUUCAACCAUCUUUUCGCUCAAGUGCAUUUUCCACAGAUGGACCGGACUGAGAAGCCCUCAUCGGAUGGAGGUUGUUGGUUCUUCUCUAUUUCUUGACUGAAUCACCUUAUUCGAACAAAAAGGAAGAAACUGUUCAGUCUUUCGUUUGUGAAAAAAAGACCAGGGCUUUUUCGUUCUUGUUCAGAGACCUCUGGAGUGACUUGAUCAGCAGAGAUCCUUUUUUUUCUCGUUGUCGUUUCUCGUGCUUCUCCCUAGCAUAUCUCACUUUGCGUCCUCGAAUACAUAUCUAUGAAAAAAACAAGAUUGUUCCAACAUAUCUGUCCCUCAUGGAUAAAAAACAAAAAGAAUAUUUUUAAAAGCUUGCUUUAUUGACUGAGCGAUCGGUUGAGAUGGAGUUUAGCUCUAGUUAAAAUCAUAUUUCAGAUUAUUGAAAUAUAUUUGUGCCCAUGAAAAUAUGUGCCAUCCUUAGCUUUUUAUUUUCUUUGUGUUCUUCAUUUCCCAUUUCUGAAAAACUAAUGACUAACACGGCGUCGAGUUCCUCUUGCAUUCUUCCGCUGCGUGUUGUGCUGUUUGAAUCACUGUAGCAGAUGUAACUUGUGGCUGAAUGUCAUCAUUUUGCAAAGGUCAUUUCAGAAAACCAUGAUGCUGUCGCCCCCUUUGCUUCACUAGUCAUCCUUCUCCUCCUGUUCUUCUUAUACCUCAAUCAGCACUUACCCUGAUUUAACACAGUGGUCAGUUUGCUUAUGUCACGCACAGAGUUAGAACAGGGUAAAUAAGUAGCAUCAAUUGAAAAGUAGAGCAAACAUUUGAGUGAAAUACUUUGAAAUAGCAUUAAAUACGUUUCAAAAGAAACUCACCUCAAAAGACACAAAGAAACCAGACUGAGGGUUAGAUCCACAAUGUUGAAGGGUACACUUAAAACCCAGUUAGUUAGCUAGGUUAGCUCGCCAGCUAAUGCUAAAGUUAUUCACAGCUAACACUGAGAAUGGCGAAUUUAUUACCAUUCAUAAAAUACUGUAUACAAUAUCUGGCAUACAUAAAACACUCUAACAAAGUUGGCUUGCUAAUGUUAAGGUCAUUAAAAUCUAAUGCUGGGGAUGGCACUAAAUUUGUAGUACAAAAACACUGCAGUCAGACUAAGUUAGCAAGUUUUGCUAGCAGAAGUUAAGGUUAUUAACAGUUAACAUUGGGAAUGGUUUUUAAUUCAUCAUACUCAAAGUGCUGCUGAUAGACUAAGUUAGCAAAGUUAGCUACCUGGCAGAGAAUAACACACUCCAUUUAGACUAAAUUAGCUAGUUUAGCUAGCGAGAGUUAAGGUUAUUGUCAGCUAAUGUUGGGAAUGGUACUCAAUUUGUCAUACUACAACACUGCAGACAGACUAAGUUAGCUAGGUUGGCUAGCUAGUAUCAAGGUUAUUGACAGUUAAUGUUGAUAAAGGUAUACAAAUGAAUGCCUGUGUCUCUCUGGUCCGCACAUGGUGCCAUAUUGGCCAUUGUUAUGGUUGGUGUGUGCACCAUUGGUGUAUGUUCAGUGAUGGUGUAGCAUUUGGACUGUCAGGUAAGGUAUUAUUUCACCAGGCAGUACAGUAGUAUGUGAUUACAAACCCCCGAUCAUGCGUUUUGUUUCCAUUUCUGUUGGCAAGUAAUCCAUAACCCAAACCCUGAGUAUCUGUGCUAAAUUUGGUUACCCUUCUUGUUGGGUUACCAAGUGUUCCAAGCCAAAAAAAACGUUUUUCAAGGUACAAAAACACCCUCAAGCAUACAUCUUCUGUUCUGAGUUAAGGAACUUCAUUGCAAUAUUCUGUUAUAUUUUUAUGACUCCAUAACUGUGUCUUAACUAUUCUCAUUUUAUUUUACUGUUUACAAAGUUAAGAGCUCCCAAGUGAUGCAACUGUCUUAAGUGCUGAUGCUGUCAUCAGGGGAGUGAGAGUUCAAACCCCAGGUGAUGCCAAAGCCACCCAUGGCCAGGAGUCCAAGAGAUUCCAGAUUUCUAAAGUUGCAUUGCCUCCAUACAUUGUGUCUUGGUUGCAUAAUUUACCUCGCUCUCUCCUCCAUCAGUUAGUAUUCUCCUCCUUGCACAUUAAGCCAGGUUAAGUCUAUUGAUGUUUGAAAAGAUGCAUUUUUUCUCAUAAUUUGAAAACACCUGUUGCCCUUUACAUUUUGUGUAAAUUUCAUGAUGAAUGAACCAAAAGAAACAGUCCAAAAUGACUUGACAUCUGGUUCCAUUUAAUUACAUUGAAAGUAAAGUAUGUUUUUUCCCUUCUCCUGUGAAGUUACCAUUUUGGAGAUACAAGGUUUUGUUCCAACAAUAGCAGUAUGUAACUUUCGUAGAGGAAAGUUAAUGUAGUGCAUCAUUAAAACUCAUUUAAGGUGCAGAGUAAGAAUAAUGCUGUAUCUUUGAGGGCACAUUCACAUUAUUUAUAUCUAAAAUCCUUUUCUCUGACAGCAAAUGACUGGAAAAGGCCAGUGAUUGGUCAAAGACAAACAUCAGCUAAUCAUCACACGUCAUUACUUGAAUCAGCUGAUCACCACUUGUAAAAAAAAGUGGCCAUACUCUCAAUCUGGAACUUCCUGGAUGAAACCAAAUGUCAAGUAAGAGGUACUUCAAAGCACGAAACUCCUCCAUCAUUACUGCUGCUGUUAUUUAUUAUUAAAGCUAGAGAAAUCAUAUGACCACCACACAACCUCCAGGGAAUUCCACUUACUUUUCCAGAUACAUCGUGUGAUUGUAAAUCGACACAGAUAUGGACAAGCAGGGUUCAGAUAAGGAAUCAUACUGUACUGCAACUCUCCAUGGAAAAACGUAACCUGUAAUGGCUCAGUUCAUGCUACAGUGUUGGCAGUUGUCACAAUUAUUAUUAUUAUUGUUAUUAUUAUUAUUAUUAUUAUUAUUAUUAUCUAGCUAUUGUUUUUGUGCUGUCGGGGAGGAUACUGACCCACUGAGGCUUACCAUCUGUCUGCAGCUGCAUACAAGUUCAUCCUGACCUCUAAAUGAUAUAGUUAUAUACAAAUGAUUUUAGCACCCCAGUCAAAUUACUUUCAAUGUGACAAUACGUUAACACAUCAUCUAUUGAGGACAUACCUCUGCACAUUCUAAUGAACAUUCUAAUGCACAGUUAAGUUUAUUUGCUGAAUUUAACAUAAGGGAGGGAAUAUGUGUAAUAUUUUCAAUGUUAUAUGUUAAACUCAGCAAUAUUAUUUGUCUAUUAAAAUAUGCAGAAAAUGCCAUAUUUACAUCUACAGAGGAUGUCUUUCUCUCCUUUGCAUGCAGAAAAUCAACAAAAUGUCAUUUGACCAGGGUGCCCAAACUUUUGCAUAUGACUGUAUAGAGAGAGAUGGAUGAGAGAAGGAGGGAAGACUAUAUCAGAAAGGCAGAGAGGGAAGAAGGAGAAGCCGAAGAAGAGACAUUUUCUAGUUACUGUUUGUGUGUAACCCCCACUGCACACCCCCCCCCCCCCUCCCCCCGCCUGCCAGCCCCCCACACUGGUCACCUACACUCACUCACUAACAACUACAACAAUGUGAAGAGCUGACAUUAAUGUGACACGACAGGGUGACAGCGCGCAGACCAAUGAAGUUUAUCUGUUCAAAUUGUGUGUGUGUGUGUAUGUGUGUGUGUGUGUGUGUGUGUGUGUGUGUGUGUUUGUGUGUGCGUGCGUGUGUGUGUGUUCACUUGAACUUCAUCGCAUGUACUGUAAUUCAUCUCAGCCACAUUAUAUUGGUUCCAUAAAUAUAGCUACUAACACAUCAGCCAAUAGAAGAUGCUCCAUUCAUCCAAUCAGAUUGCAGCAGAUGAGAUUGCGUGCAGCCACUGCAGAGAAGAUAUGAGAACAAUAAAGCUGUAAAUUGAAAUGAGAAAUCUAUGCUUAUGUUUGUCAGUCCUGAUUUAUCUUUUGGAGAUUUAAUUAAUAAACGAGACUUCAGAAA